AUGGCACCUUCAGCUGUAGUCGAAACGUGGAGCUUGUAUGCGGUUGGGUCGCUCAUCAUCUUCUCGAGGAUAUUUGUUCGUUGGCGGAUGAUUGGUUUGAGGGGCUUCAAGCCGGAUGACUACAUAAUACUUUUGUCAUGGGUAACAUACACAGUCAUGACAGUGGCCGCGCACAUCGUCGGCGGCCUGGGUGACUUGCACGCCUUGACGCUCGAACAACGAAAGGCUCUUACCGACGAAGAAGCCGCGCCGUACAUCUACGGAACGCAAUGGUUCUGUGCGGGCGUGGCAACAUAUGUCCUGUUCAUCUGGACCCUCAAGUUCAACAUGCUGUUCCUCUAUCAGCGCGUCGUCCGGGGUCUGUGGGUCGAGAAGUUCAUCAAGCCGGUGAUGCUGCUUCUCGGUGCUACCUUUAUCGCCAUUUUCCUCAUCCUAUUCUGUGCAUGCCGUCCGUACAAUCGCAUGUGGGUUGUGUAUCCUGAUCAAGGAUCGAUCUGCAAGCCUCAGUCCUUCCUCAAUAUGGUGCCGGCUCUCAUCAUGAACAUUAUUACCGAUAUAUGUAUCAUGGCCAUCCCAACUCCUGUUGUUUUGCCACUUCAGACGACAUUGUGGAAACGAGUCGGCCUUCUCUUCCUCUUCAGCGCUGGACUCUUCAUCAUGAUUGCGGCGAUAUUGCGUGUGACCAUGGUUCUCGUAGAGAAAAAUGGUGCUACCGCUGCAAUUUGGUCUUGUCGUGAAGACUUCGUCGCCAUCGUUGUCGGACAAGCCAUCCUCGUCCGCCCAAUGUUUUCCGCUAAGUUUUGGUCCAGAGACUACGGAAGCCACAAUAAAGGAUACAAAUCAUCCGGCCCAUCCAAAAAUAGCGCGAACCUGGGAGCAUCGUUCGACAUGGGCGGUGCAAAGCGGAGCAAGAACAAAGACCCCUUCAGUGUCACUGUCGCACUGGCCACAGUGAAUGGAGACAACGAUUCCACUGAGGAGAUAAUGAACCAUCCUUCGGGUAGCCAUAGUGGUGCAGUUACGUCUACACGAACUGACUCACCAGGAUCGUCGCGAGACUUGGAAAGGGGCGUCUCAAAGCAUAGUAGGAACAUGGUCAUUCAUGUUAACAAGCAAAUCUACGUUGAAACCGCGGAGAGGAGUGGAAUGCCCAAGAGGGGCGUGGAGAAGUGGGAGGAUAGCUAUGAGCGCAUAUGA